UAAACAGUGGGUCUGGGGGGAUUUACUUUCUUGAUUCUCCUGGGGGUACUGGGAAAACGUUCCUAAUUUCAUUGCUAUUAGCAAAGAUCCGAUCGCAAAAUGAGGUAGCCCUAGCGUUGGCUUCAUCUGGAAUAGCAGCAACUUUAUUAGAAGGCGGACGAACUGCACAUUCAGCCUUAAAAUUACCAUUAAACAUGCAUAUCAACGAAACACCAGUUUGCAACAUUGCCAAAAAUAGCGCUAUGGCGAAGACUCUCCAAGUAUGCAAAUUGAUAAUUUGGGACGAAUGCACAAUGGCCCACAAGAGGUCGCUGGAGGCACUAGAUAGGACGUUAAAAGAUUUACGUGAUAACCAAAACAUUUUUGGUGGAGCUAUGAUACUGUUGUCAGGUGAUUUUCGUCAAACUCUUCCAGUAAUCCCUCGAUCGACUGUUGCUGACGAAAUAAACGCAUGUCUAAAUUCAUCAAAUUUGUGGCGGCACAUAAAGACACUACAAUUAACUACUAACAUGCGAUUGUUAUUGCAACAAGAUCAAACCGCGACUGUGUUUUCGAAGCAGUUGCUGGAUAUUGGCAAUGAUAAGGUCGCAGUUGACAGCUCGACCGGAUUAAUGACUUUUCCCACAGAUUUCUGUCACUUCACAGAAUCGAAAAUGGAGCUUAUUCAGCGUGUUUUUCCGGACAUUAAACAACAAUAUAAUAACCACGAUUGGCUAAGUGAACGACCAAUAUUGGCAGCAAAAAACAAAGAUGUCGAUGAUCUCAAUGCUACCAUUCAGAAUUUCCUUCCAGGAGAGUUGUUUACGUACAAAUCAGUUGACACGGCCACAAACCAGGAUGACGUAGUCAACUACCCUACAGAAUUUUUAAAUUCAUUGGACUUGCCUGGACUACCACCAUAUAAUUUGAAAUUAAAAGUAGGGUCAGUUGUCAUCAUGCUGCGUAAUAUUAAUCAACCUCGACUUUGCAAUGGAACGAGAUUGGUUGUGAAGAAACUUAUGAAUAACAUCAUCGAAGCUAAAAUAAUCAAAGGAAAAUACAAAGGAGAGGAUGUCUUAAUCCCACGAAUUUCUAUGAUUCCAACGGAUUUGCCAUUUGAUUUUAAGAGGUUGCAAUUUCCCGUGCGUCUGGCGUUUGCGAUCACCAUAAAUAAAUCGCAAGGCCAAUCGUUGCAAGUUUGCGGAAUAAACUUAGAGUUUCCCUGUUUCGCACAUGGACAAUUAUACGUUGCGUGUUCGCGUGUCGGAAAACCAACAUCCUUAUUUAUUUACGCACCGCAAAAAAAAAAACUAAAAAUAUUCAGCCCUAUUCUGCAUUUCUACUCGAAUCGAAAUUUUCUCCGAUUGGCAACUUUGGUAUUCUGCGUUUCGAUUCAAUUUCGAAAAUUCCAAUUCUAUGUAUUCUGCAUUGCGAUCGUAAUUACGUUUUUGUACGUUGAAGUUUUGUUGGCGGAAAGCCGUUAUAUAUUCAUUUUCGUGCAUUUGGAUAAAAUAAUUUCCUCAAAUAUGUCAAAAGUAACAACGGCAGAGCAAUACGAAAAAUUGUAUGAUAUGAUGGCCACGAAAAGAGAUAUUGCGCAGGGUUUCCAAAAGCGACCGAAGGAAGAAGUACAGGAGUUUUGGGAGGAGGUUGCAAGGAAUUUAAAUGCACUUGGCCCACCAACAAAAAAUUCCAAUACAUGGAGAAAGGUCUGGAUUGACUGGAAAUGCUACAUGAAGCGAAAAUUAUCGCAUAACAAAAAAGAAAGGAUGAGCACCGGUGGAGGUCCUUGCCGUUUACAACGCAUAAGCCCACUUGAUGAAAAGGUGAUAGCUUUGACGGGUUUGGAAACGGAUGAUAUCCCUUCAACCAGUAGAGCUAGCAUCCAAAAUAGAGAGGCGAGAGCAGACAAGCAGAGCACUUCUUCAUUACUUAAGCAACAGAUACAAAUCAAAAAGAAUGUUAUGCAGAGACGAAAAAAUUCAAUGAAGCUGCCUUUGGUAAAAUGGAAGAAGUUACUUCAUAUUUACGACACAUGAAUCGUUCUCUAGAAACUUUGGCGGAGACUGCAGUGAAGCAACCUGAAGAACAGAAGCGACACAAUAGAAUUAAGGAAGAGCUAGUGAAGGAAAAAGUAGAAAUAAAAAUGCAAAUGCUAAGAUUGGGUCCAAAUUAUAAGCCGGAUUCAAAGUAGUCAUUUUUUAAUUGUUAGCCUUUUAUUUAUUUUACUAUUAUUCAUUUAUAUAACGAGCUGUGAAAUGAAAUAAAAGCAUUUACUUUUUUAAUA